AUGAAGCGCAAGGCAUCACCCUCCAGUUUUUCCGGUGAUCCACCGCCGGCCGCAUCGCCCACAACCGUCGACUCGUUCUGCGACGAUGUCAUCGCGGAGUUCCUCGUGCGGCUGCCGUCAGUCCCGUCGCUGGCUCGCGCCGCCUGCGCUGUGAAGCGGUGGCGCCGGGUGGCCUCGUCCCCCGCCUUCCUCCGCCGCUUCCACGCCCUCCACCCCGGCCAAGCCCAACCUCUCCUCGGCCACUACUACUACACUGAAUGCUCUUCGCGGCCGGUGUUCCAACCAGCGCAGCCCACCUUCUCCGACCCCGAACUAUCCGCGGUCGUCCGACAUGGCGAUUUCUUCCUCACUCCCGUCACGUCCAUGGGCCGCCUUGAAGUUGAAGACUGCCACCAAGGCCGCCUCCUACUGAGGAAUUGCGACACCAACGAGAGCUCACCGUUUUCGACCCUGUAG